GUGCAGUGGGGUUGAUGAUCGGAUUUUCGUCUCGUUCUCUGUGUUGUUGUUCUCGGUGACGCGACGGAGGUGUAGCCUGACGCGAUCUCUUACGUGUCGGCCUGAAUAAAAGUGGAGCUCCGAGGGCUCGAGAGUGACGGAGGGAGUCUGUAUCGCUAACUCGAUGACCAUGGAGUCGGGAGCCGAUGCCCAGCAGGGUGCAGACACUGCGGUCUCUGAAACUGAGAACCAACAGAUCACACAGGCCCAAAUCGCCACUCUUGCACAGGUAACAAUGGCUGCCGGACACGCUAGUGCCACAGGACCCACAGUCACCCUGGUGCAGCUGCCCAAUGGUCAAACAGUACAAGUGCAUGGAGUAAUUCAGGCUGCUCAACCUUCAGUCAUUCAGUCUCCACAGGUGCAGACUGUCCAGAUUUCCACAGUAGCGGAGAGUGAGGACUCACAGGAGUCAGUGGACAGUGUGGCUGACUCUCAAAAACGAAGAGAGAUCCUUUCUAGGCGCCCCUCAUAUAGGAAAAUCCUGAAUGACCUGUCAUCAGACGCUCCAGGAGUUCCGAGAAUCGAAGAGGAGAAAUCCGAGGAGGACGCUGCGCCUGCCAUCACUACAGUGACCGUGCCAACUCCAAUAUAUCAGACCAGCAGCGGCCAGUACAUCGCCAUUACACAGGGUGGAGCCAUUCAGCUUGCAAAUAAUGGUACAGAUGGAGUGCAGGGAUUGCAGACUCUAACCAUGACCAAUGCAGCAGCAGCCCAGCCAGGGACCACCAUCCUGCAGUACGCCCAGACCAGUGACGGUCAACAGAUACUGGUGCCCAGCAAUCAAGUGGUGGUACAAGCUGCUUCUGGAGAUGUUCAGGCCUAUCAAAUUCGUACUGCCCCAACUAGCACUAUUGCUCCAGGUGUGGUCAUGGCAUCCUCUCCGGCCAUGCCAAGCCAAGGAGGUGCUGAAGAGGCCACGCGCAAGAGGGAGGUCCGCCUCAUGAAGAACAGAGAAGCUGCUCGUGAGUGCCGUCGAAAGAAAAAAGAAUAUGUCAAGUGUCUGGAGAACCGUGUGGCCGUUUUGGAGAACCAGAACAAAACUCUCAUCGAGGAACUCAAAGCACUCAAAGACCUGUACUGUCACAAAUCAGAGUGAUGUACCACCCGUUCUACCUUUAUUCUGGUGGACUUACAUGUACAGAGACUAAAGGACGAGUCAGCCAGAUACGGACGCAUGUUUUCGAAAUGUUUUCUUAUUUUAAAUGGCUGCAGACUGCCUGUAUUAACACACAAGUACAUGAAGGAACACAAAUCUCCUCUAGAAAUAUUGGACCAUGUCAUUAAAGACAAAAAAAAAUGCUGAAAACCUUACUGUGGACAUAAACACGCAAGUAUGUUCUCAGCCAUCUUUACUUCUGGACUCAAACCGAAACUCAAAUGAGGGGUUUGUGUGAAAAUGUUUACCUUUUUUUUUCUCCAGUGUGCUGGUGUACAAGUCGUCAAGGGGAUACAAAUAAUGUACAAUAAUAAUAAUUUAACUGACAUUUCAGAUUUUUGUCGGAGUUGGCAUCAUUCCCUCUUGAGGUUCGAAAGGUUUAACGUGUCUGACUGUUACUUUUAUUUGGUGUAUUAGUGCUCUUGUGUUUUUACCUUUAAAUAUGAACUAUAUAAAAUAAUUAAAGCUGA